ACCUGAAUAUAUUGCUCAAAGUGGCCAAAAUGCCAAGUGUUUGAUCCAGUUUAUAAGAAAAACCGGAUCGAAAACCUUAACAGGUUGACCCCAUUUAUAAGGGAAACCGGGCCGAAAAACCGCACAGGAGGGAAAGAUUACAUAGGGUGAGAACAUAUGGACGCCCCGAAGAAGGCACUACCUAGCCAGCAAGCCAAGAGACCACCACCAUAAAAGUCGAGUGGAAGUGGUGUGUCGUCGAGGAAUCACAAUACCAACACUAAACAACUAUCCUAAUGCACCACACCGGUGUGCGUACCAACCCCUUGGCACAACAGAGGAGGAGCACCAAUCAACGAGUGACCCAUCACAAACCUUAACUGGAAACUCCGCCACAGCAAGCCGACACGAUUAGCAAGGUGGGGAGGCAUCGUUGCGUCGUUGUUGAGCAAAGAUGAACCGAGAUAGCACGAAGAGCACGAAGCUCACCAAAACAGACGACUGGCAUGAGAGGGUCUUGAGCUAGCAGAGCAGAGGAUGGCCAACCCCCAAGGGCAACGGAGGAUGAAUGGCGGCAAGGAGCUCCCUAGUGACGCUAUCACCGCCGCCGCCGACUCCUCAAGGUGAGCUACUCAAAGGAGCAGCGCGCUCGCCAGCAGGGGAGGCGACGGUGAAGAGCGAGCCGGACUGCGAUGCGCCGUCGUGGUCCGGAAAAGAGAAGAAGCGGAAGCGGCCGGGGCACCAUGCAACCGGCGAGAGCUCAGCGUCGGGGUGCCUCUCUUUCCCGCCGGGGUUCUCCCCACAUCACCGGAAGGCACGAACCACCACUACGACUACAAGCAAACACGGGAAGCAACUCCACGGCGGCGACGACGGGGACACGAGCGGCUGGAAGGCGGCGAGGCAGCUGCUGCAGGGCAUCGUCACGCCGGAGCGGCAGCGCGAGCACGCGGCGUCCAGGCCGGCCGACGUCGUCGCCUCGAGCUACGUGUCGCUGCUCCAGACAACGAACGAGGUGGCGUUCUCGCUGGGCUACGCUCUGGAGCUCGAGGAGAGGGUGAGGGACGCCGACGAGCUGCGGGCGGAGCUGAGCAAGGUGAAGGCCGAGCUCGCCGAGACCAAGGCCAAGGCGGCGGCCGUGCGGGAGUCCCAGCGACCCAGGGCGCGCUGACGAGUGACGAAGAGCUCUUCCUGGACGCCACGCCAUGGCUCCUGGUGUCUCCACGGUGAUAUGCAGGCUGAUGGACCUAUUUAUUUAUCUCUUGUUGUUUGAUUGUUGACUGAUUCAUUUCACCAAAUUACUAUUAGACAUAUUUAGGCCUGUUUGGAUUGAAUGUCAAAUUUGUGUGCUGCCCCGGUAUAUAUGCAGUUCGAACUUGAGCUAAAUAUCAGGGAGCACACAGUAAUUUUAAUUAAGUGUGAUGUGUUGCACUGCACGUCACUAUAUUCUCAAUUCGUUCCUAUGUAAGUAUUUAUUAUUCAUGAUUUUCUGAACACAUUUAAAUUAAAUUUCCGAAAAAAGUUCUGAUUUUUGGCAAAACUACAGAUUUUAAAGAUUUAUUUUACUUACACAACUAAUUCAAAUAGAGUGUUUAUACCAACUUCACAGUCUUCGAAACACAUUAACAUACUGGGCUGGUACUUGUGGCUUUCUAUAGGUGGGCACAACAGCUUGGAAACUUUUCAUAUGAAUAAUCCACAUGCAGAAAAAUGUUGUUAGGUCGCUUAUUCAAAGAAAUUAGCUCAAAGUUCCAUGUUUUUAGAAAAAUAUAAAAAUCUUGUAAAUCACAACUGUCAGUAAUGAAAUAGAAAAGUUUUAGCUAAUUUCGACCAAUGGUUUGGGAGAAACAAUUGUUUGAGUUACUCAU